CUGCAAUUGGGCUGUAUAAAAUUAAUAUUCAUUUUCUAUCUAUUUUGGUCCUCUUUACAGGUGAGCGGGUCAAAAUUCUAUUACCUGAAGAAUGAAGCUGUAAUGUUAGAGAUGGGCCUCAUAAACUGGGCAGUAUCAGAAGUUAUGAAAAGAGGCUUUACACCUCUUAUAACUCCAGAAAUUGUCCGUUCUUCUGUGGUGGAGAAAUGUGGUUUCCAACCACGUGGAACGAAUACUCAGGUUUACUCCAUUGAGGGUAGUGAUCAAUGUCUUAUAGGCACUGCAGAGAUUCCUGUGGGGGGAAUCCAUAUGGAUUCCAUUAUUCCUGAGUCCUCAUUACCUUUAAAGUAUGUGGCUUUCUCCCAUUGCUUUCGUACUGAAGCUGGUGCUGCAGGGGCUGCAACAAGGGGCCUUUAUCGAGUACACCAAUUUAGCAAGGUAGAGAUGUUCAUAUUAUGCCGACCAGAGGAAAGUAAUUCCUUCCAUGAAGAACUAAUUGAAAUUGAAGAAGAACUUUUCUCCUCGCUGGGGCUUCAUUUCAAAACCAUAGACAUGGCAACACAGGAUUUGGGUGCACCAGCAUAUCGUAAAUUUGACGUGGAGGCCUGGAUGCCUGGAUUGGGACGUUAUGGUGAGAUAUCAAGUGCCUCUAAUUGUACAGACUACCAAAGCCGGAGGUUAGGCAUUCGAUAUCGUCCAGAAUCAUCCAUUCCUCCUAAAAAGGGUAAAGGUAGUUCUACACCAACACGGUUUGUUCACACACUAAAUGCAACGGCAUGUGCAGUUCCAAGAAUGAUUAUAUGCUUGCUUGAGAAUUACCAGCAAGAAGAUGGUUCUGUUGUUAUACCUGAGCCAUUAAGGCGUUUCAUGGGUGGACUUGAGAUAAUUACCCCCAAAAUCCAAAUAGGGUGUUAAUUUGAUCUUUCUCAUAUUAGAAUUUGUUAUUUAUAUUUUAUACCUGAUUUAGAUUUUGUCAGAAUUGUAGCAUUAACCAAAUUGAUAAAUUUAUUCUUUGCGUA